GCGUGUGCGCUUUUUGCUCAUGGUUAAGCGACCCGGCACCGGGAUUUAUCCUUAUUGUACUUUAUUCCGUUCGUAACUCUCUCUUUCACCUAACGCCUUUGCGACAGUUUUUUCCUUAAGCAUUUGGUGCAAGAAAUUUGUAGUUUUAUUAAAAUACUAUGCCAAAAUGAAAAUAAAAAGGAUUUUAACAGUUUUUUUCACUAUUGAAUCUUUAAUAUUGUUAAGUGAAUGAGUGCUGUAUAUAAACAUUAAAGCAAGAUCAUAACUUAAAAUUGUUUAAUAAUAUUAUCACUAAAUUGGCAUUAUGAUUAUCAAUGAUUUAGUUGUUCAUAUUAUCUGUAUUAAUUAUAUUUAUUAUGUUACCGGCGCUGGCACCGAGGAGAAGACAAUCACCCAGAGCAGCGAAGCUUGUUAUCACAGAGUUGCUGCAUGUGAGGCGAACACAGGCAAUAAUCGAGCAGUCUGUGGAACCGACGGUCGAAAUUACCCAUCUAAAUGUCAUCUUAUGAAAGCUCAAUGUACUGGAGAAACGGUAACAAUAGCACGUAGAGGCCCUUGUUCAGAGGGACAAUCUUCCUGCUUAACGGUGUUGCGUUACGCAUUAAACGCGCAAGGAGGACGUCGGGCGGCGUUCGUGCCGCGGUGCCGCGCCGACGGCACAUACGCGGCGGUGCAGUGCGCUGCCGCCGGUGCCGCUGCUGGAUGCUGGUGCGUCACUCCUGAUGGCAAACCUUUACCAGACACCUCCGUUAGAAACGGCAGGCCAGAUUGCACCAGGACCGGAAAAUCUCAAACAAAACGAAGGUCAUCAGUUCGGGGGCAGCGAAACAAAAGGAGUUGCACUAGAAUUGACCGUGCUCAGUUCAAUGGGAAUCUGAUAAAAAUAUUCAGUGGAGAAUAUGACCGGGCGCGGUCUGAUCAAGGGGCCGUCGCGGAUCCCCGAACUGUUGCUGACUGGAAAUUCAAGGAACUCGAUCGGGAUAGGGGUGGCACACUACAGAAGUCCGAAUAUCGAGGGUUACGGCGACUUAUUAAAAAGGUGGUAAAGCCGAAGAGAUGCGCUCGGGCGUGGACACGCGGUUGUGACGCGGACGGCGACAGCGAGAUAGCGCGCGCGGAGUGGACCGCCUGCCUGCUGGCCAAUCCCGAACCACCCGCACCGGACUACGACGAUAGCGGACCAGAGCCGGAGCCAGACUAUAACGAAGAGGAGCCGCCGCCGGACCCGAGUUCUGUGCUACCGGGCAUUAUGAGGAACUCGUUUGCACCGGACGGCUCCGUCGCCAGGGAAGACGAAGCGAACGACUGCCUCACGGACCGCCAGGCCGUGUUAGAUGAACAGAAAGCGGGUAGUGCUGUGCUCUAUGUACCAGAGUGCAUGGGCGACGGUCGGUACGCCAGGGCGCAAUGCUACCGCUCUACCGGGUACUGCUGGUGCGUACAUCAGGAUACCGGAAAGCCUAUACCGGGUUCCUCUGUUAAAGACAAGAAACCCGACUGCGAUGCAGCGCCACAACACGCUAGCCCUAUGAGAGGUUGCCCUGAACCUAUGAAAAGCAAUUUUCUGCGCGAUCUGUUGGGCUUCUUCACAUCGAAAAUGACAACAUCGAUCAACGGUACUGGACCGGGAGAUAUGGUGAAAUGGGGAGCCUCGAAAGAGGAACAGGCGGCAACUUGGACCUACGUAAUGUUAGACAAGGAUAAAAAUAAAGCUCUGGAAAGACGAGAGUGGAAGGCUUUCCAUCAGCUCAUAUCGAACGUCGAGCCUCUGAGGAGAUGCGGGCGUAAACUACCACGAUACUGCGAUGUAAACCACGAUUCAAAAAUCAGUAUUACCGAAUGGAUGGCUUGCUUGGAAGUCAAUCAAGUAUCUCAUGGACAUACGACUGAAGCCACGAAAAUGCCGCCUAAUCCGAGGAGAAAAGGACCAAAUCCUUUAGAAUCGAUUCUCAAAGCGGACGACUAGAGAAGGGGAAUUUUAUAAAAGAAAUUCUCUUUGUUUCUUUCAGAUUACGUUUUUCAGUUCAUGAAACUGUUAUACGUGGGGGGGGGGAGGGGUGUUAAUCUCCGACAAACCCAGUGAAGUGCAUAUAGAGUUUGUGCAGAAAUUUAAGGAGCCUGGUCAGUGACUGAACUAUAAAAAGAUUAUUAAACUAAUUUAUUAUACAAUUUUAUGUUAUGUCUCAUAGUCUUGCAACUCGUAUUGUUCCAAGAUGUGAUCAUGUUAACGUCGGCUCGACUGCCUUCACAGCAGUGACUUGCUUUCAAGUCGCCUUACGUUAAAUUGUGUAAUUAGUUUUAUCAUUAAAUACUUGGUAUUAUAUAUGUAAUUAUUUUAUCGCACCGUGUUCGGUUAUACUUGGUUUAUUAUUAAUGUGUCUAUUUUACAUUUCAAUAUUAUGUCGAACGAUCUUUCAUUAUGUUUAAUGCUAUAUUUGCAAGAUUGAACGACGGAUAUAAUAGUCUUAUUUGUAUUUAAAAAUGUAUGACUAACUUUAAUAUUAACAUUCCUCCUUAUGAGGACCUGUAUUAAGUUUAAUAUUUAUAAAACAUUUAGUCAGUAUAAAUUGUAAGAGCUAUGUGAUAUUUUUUUUUCAUUUCUAUUACUAUUGCUAAAUAAAUAUUUAGUAUUUGAUGUGUCGUU